AUGUCCGGGAAGACCGCAUUCAGACGUUCCUUCGUAUACGAUGAAACGGAGAAUCGUCUUGGACGCGCCCAAGUCCUUCAGCUGCUGAAGUUCUGUCUCAGGACGUACUUCACGUUCGACGGGACAAUCUACGAACAGGUGAAGGGCACACUAAUGGGUUCGCCGAUUUCGGGGCUCAUCGCCGAGGCGGUCCUGCAACGGUUAGAGUCGCUGGUCUUCCAAUACCACAAACCGAAGUUCUGGGCCCGGUAUGUGGAUGAUACCUUCGUCGUUAUCGACUGGGAUCAACUGCUGACAUUCAAGGAACGUCUGGAUGCGGUCUUCCCGGACAUACAAUUUACGAUGGAGGAGGAAGAGAACAACCAGCUGGCCUUCCUGGAUGUCCUUGUAUGCCGCAAGGAUUGUGGUGGACUAAAGACCAAAGUGUUCAGGAAAGCGACAAAUACUAUGCAAGUACUGAACUUCAACAGUAACCACCCAAUCAGUCACAAACGCAGUUGUGUAAGGACGCUCUAUCGGUGUGUCGAAACGCAUUACAGUGAGCCGGAAGACAAGAUUGCCGAACUACAAUACCUCCGACAGGUCAUCAAAGCCAAUGGCUACCCGCGCAACUUUGUCAACCGGUGCAUACGCAAAAUGGACGAAAGGCCUAACCGUACGAACAUCAAAGUUUGGCGAGCGCUUUCAUAUGUCAAGAACGUUUCGGAAGCUGUCGGCCGCCUUCUCGCACCACUUGGGGUUGGAGUGGCACACAGGCCGGAGGCAACCAUCAGGCAUCAGUUGAUGAAACCAAAAGACCCACUGCCACGGCUAGAAAUGUCUGGAGUCGUUUAUCGGAUCUGGUGCAGUUGUGGACAAAACAACUACGUCGGAGAAACCAGAAGACAGCUCCGAACGCGAAUGGCCGAACACGCUGCAGCGGUGCGCAGAAAUAACGCUAGCUUUCAAGUUGCGGCUCAUACGACGGGUUCCGGCCACACAUUCAAAUUUGACGAGACCGAAAUUUUCGCAAGAGGUGACAACCGCGUGAGCCGGGGGCUGCUUGAGUCAUUGUUUACUGGCCGCCAGUCUAUCAACAAGUGCAAUGAUCUUCCCAUUCAAUACAGCGUACUGAGACUUCGUCUAGGCGGAGUAAUUGGCCACGCGGGGAGCGCACUGGUGAACACUCUUCCCAACAUCCGGGUCAGCGCGUCAGAUGGUCGAGCAAUCAUCACACCAACAUCCAACGUACGUGAUGAAAUUGCAGCAAUUAACUACGCGAAUGUCGGCCAUCACGCCACGUGCAACGAUCCCUGA